GGCCUGUUUUUCUGACAAGUGGCUGAUGGCCGCCUGACAUUUCUCUUUCGUUAAUUUUAUUGAAUUAUGAUUCACGGGACACGUUAAUCAUUCCCAUAAAUGAAACGCUAAUACACGCGUCGUUUCUUCCAGCAGACGAUCAAUCGCCAGGAACGAUUUUUCAAUCGGGCAAAUUUUCCAUAAGAAAGGGCACGCAGUAGCAUUUGGCAAAAUGAUCAAAACAGGCGAAGAUAACCUAAGGCAUCUUCACUGUAAUCAAACAGUAGAAUUCAGUGGACAAGAAGACCAAUAUUCAGUGGAAUUAUAUGGGAACGAUGUUACUGUCAUUCCUUCAUCCGGAGGUCACAAUCAUGGUAGUUCAAAGGUGAAGAUAAAAAAUAUUGUUGAUUAUUCAUGGGAUGUUAACCUUUACCCAAACCAGUUACUGGCUGUUCAUAUGUCUGGGAAAUAUUUAGCUUAUGGAAUAACAGUUGCUACUGGAGGAGGUAGAGUCAGAGUUAUGUAUCAAGAAUUAGAACAGAGAGCACUAUUAAGGGAAAUGCGUGCUCGAAUACAAGACUUGGCUUUUGCACAUGUUUCAAAUGUUAUUUUAGCAUGUGUCGAUUACUUGGGAAAUCUUUUUAUAUAUACCAUUGAAUCAACACCAUCUGAAUUGUUAUGUAAUUUAUUAUUACAAGUGGAUGCAGAACCUAGUGUUUAUCAUCGUGUGAUAUGGUGUCCUUAUAUACCUGAAGAUGUGUCAUCCGAUGGAGAUGAAGUAUCAAAACUCUUAGUUUUAAUACGUGGUUCAAAGGCAGAGUUGUGGUCAGUUAAUACCGUUACAUCAAGAUUCAGAUCAAUAGAGGCAACUGAUCCGGCAGCAAAGGAAAACGGAGGCAUGUUUGAAAUUGAUGAACAUUCUGGUACAAUCAUUGAAGCAACUUUUAGUCCUGAUGGCACAGCUUUAGCUACAGCCAGUUCUGAUGGAGAAGUGAAAUUCUUCCAAGUUCAUUUGCAUGACAAUUCUCAUGGGAAUCAAGUUCGACCACGUUGUUUGCACCACUGGAGACCACAUGGUGGACGUCCAAUCUCAUGUCUAUUCUUCCUGGACGAUCACAAAACAUACCAUCCUGACGUACAAUUUUGGAGGUUUGCUGUAACUGGAUGUGACAAUAAUACAGAAUUAAAAGUAUGGUCUUGUGAAUUAUGGACUUGUCUGCAGACCAUAACAUUUGCACCAACACCUUCUACUGGCAAAUUGCCUGUUUUAAAAGCAGCUUUAGAUCCUAGUGCGGGAUACCUUUUAUUAUCAGAUUUAUUCAAUAGAGUUCUCUAUAUAUUAAGUCUGACAAAAGACAAUGGAGAAGCAUCAGCAUCUGUAAGUACAAUAUCACAGUUACUUCUACCAUAUCCGAUACUGUGCUUUGGGAUCGUUGACGCUGGUCUGCGCAAAAUACGUUCCACUGGUGGAUCAUUAGAAGACUUGCGGCCUUGUGAAGAAGAAGCCGACGAGCAACUAGUUAUCAAAAUGUAUCUAGUCCAACCAAGGUCGCUACAAGAGUGUCACAUUGCCUUUAAACCUGUCUCUGAAACGAAUAAUAAGUGUCUUAUGGACACGCUCGCCCGUGAUGCACUGGAGUGUUCCGAAGACUUCCCGGAAAUGGGAACUGCCAAUCACAAUGGAAUUGCUGGAGAAAACUGCGAAGAAGAUCGCUCGUUAUCCGCUACGAUUGAAACAGCGGCUAAUCAUAAUGCUGGAUUAAAUUUAAUGACACCUGAUGCAUUUAGUUCGCCAGCUAAAAAAGAAAAUAAUGAACUGGAUUCUCGAUCUGGUAGUCCAGAACUAAGUAAAGGCCUAGCCGCUAGUCCUUCCCUGGCGCAAGCUGUACAAGCUCUAAACGCAGCAGAACCUCCACUGGUAACCAGCGAGUUAGAAGAACAAGCUCCGGCUAGCAGUGGUAGCAGUCCAUCCAGAGAGGUCCGAGAUAUUCUAUCUCUUACGAAAUUAGAUGAAGAACCGGAGGUUGAGAAUAAACCUGAUGUCACCGACACGGCUGAUGGAGAUUGGUCUAAUAUUCCUAGGGUGUUAUUGAAAGACGUGAGCAGGCAUGCGAUGCAGGAGGCCGAGGAUUACACGGGUGAAGAAGAGAAAAGAACAAAAUUAAUAAACGAAUCGAAAUCUGCAACACAUACCUCGGGAGGUGUUAAAUAUAUAUAUGAAACAACAAACGAAUUCAAACAUGGCUUAGUAGAUAAAUUAGAGGUCAUUAUAGACUUGAUACAGGAAGCACGAGCAAGUUUGAGGAUGUUAUACGCAGAAAUUACUAAACAAGAAACAUCUAUCUCGGAUCGAAUAGAAUCUACUCUAGCUUUAGCUAACCAACAGCAAAAAGAUUACGAACAAAUAUUGUACAGUUUAAUAAAACUUGAAACAGCGAUUAAGGAUAAAAUUGAAAUCACCAUGCCGCGUGUCAUCAAAGACACAGUGGAACCAUUGAAGCAUCAGCUUAGAUUAGAUACCGCUCGAAUGGAUGAACUUUUAAAAGAAAAUUUAACCGAGUUAAUUAAUAGCGCUCAUGUCAAGGAUACACUCGCAAUAGCGGCAGCGAAUGCGGUGAAACCAGCACUAGAUAUAGCAUUUAAGGAAGCUUUCACUAACGUUCUCUUACCUGGCAUGGAGAAAGCGUGUCAGACAAUGUUUAGACAAGUACAAGACUCCUUUGCCAGAGGUACACAAGAAUAUCUCCAAAGUGUAGAAGCAAUUAUAGAUAAGCAAUAUCAACAACGAAAUAAACAACAGAGCGAGGCAUUGUCUGGACUAGUUCGUGAAGAAUUACAAGCUGAACUGAGCAGAGGUUUAACUUCUCUGCAAGAAGGAACACUACAUACAAUUCGCGAAUCCAUUAGGGAUAAUUUAAAUCAUCAAUUAAACGAGAUCACGAAUGCACGUUCAAGAGCAACUACUCCUGCUAUACCAGUACCUGCUGUUGCCGACGCUCAAUCACGGGUUAUGUCCCUUCUCCUGAGAGGACAAUUAAAUGCUGCCUUUCAACAAGCUUUAAGCGCAAGUGAUUUAGGAUUGGUAGUUCUAGUUUGUGAAAAGACUGAACCCGCCAGAGUAUUUUCUUGUCCUGUAGGACCAGAUCAAGGUCCUAGAUGUAUUUUACAACAACCUGUAAUACUUUCACUUGUGCAACAAUUAUCUGCAGACUUAGGUCACCGUACAGAACUCAAGCACAGGUGGCUUGAAGAGGCAAUAUUAAACUUAGAUCCUAAUAAUCCAGUCACGCGAGAGCACAUGGGUACCGUAUUAAUGACCUUGCAAAGUCAAUUGGCCGCAUUUAUCGCAGCUAAUCCUAAUCACAGUUCUACUCGGCGUAUGAAAAUGUUGGCAAUGGCUGCACGCGCACUGUUGAAUCAACAUCCUUAAUGUCACAUACGUUUAGAGUAGGACGUAUUCUUUGUCGGGUAUAGAUGAAACAACUGUGUGAUAUUCUAUGUAUUUAAGAAUGACAUUUUUAUCAUUAACAUUAAAGUACGGAGCAACUCCUUUGACGUAUUCAAGACCCAGCAACUCUCCUUACCCAUUCAGUAGGUCUUCCCUAGUCGUUUUCACAGUUUUUAGUUCUCAAUGCAUGUCCUACGUAAUCAUUUAUUUUUUAAUAUUGAACGUGUAUCACACUAGUGAUACAUCUUAAUGGUAGGAAGGUGAGGAAUAUUGGUCUUAGUAAUGCUAAUGGAUUUGCUCCAUACUUUAGCACAUCUUUUGUAUUCAUGAGUAAACUCAUCUUGUACUAGUAAUAAUAUAUCACAGUACCAUUCUGAUUACUUUUAAUAUUAUAAAUUGGAGA